AUGGACUGGCCCAUGGUAGGCGAGUGGCCGAGCCAUCAGUGCGACCCGUACUACCCGUACUACGAGGAGAAGAGCGCGCCGCCGCCGCCCGCGCAGCAUGACUACCAACUGAACCAAACGUUCACCCUUCUACUCGCCCCGCCUGACGCGAUACCGCCACCCCCCGACAUGGCGCCGAAAGGGGACAAUCCGCGGGAGAUCCGGAACAAAGCGGAGAAGCAGCGACGUGACAAGAUGAACAAAUCAAUAGCGCAGCUGGCGGCCAUAGUGCCACCAGUUGUGGCCACAGGGCGCAAAAUGGACAAGACCAGAGUGCUGAAUCUGACAGCGCAUUAUCUGCGAGCACAUCAGUACGUGUUUGGCGACUCUAUCAAUUCGGAGCAACAAUUCAGCUCGAAUUUCGCUCACGCCCUCCUCGGCCAUCUAAAGGGAUUUAUAAUUACAACCACAUACAAGGGUAUUGUGGUAGUGGUCUCCCAAAACGUUCAACAGUACCUGGGAUACACAGAGCUGGAACUUAUCGGUCAAAGCAUAUUCGGGAUCACACAUGAAGACGACCGGAAAAUGCUCAAAGAGCAGCUGAUGCCCAAAGACAACUUCAUUGGCCCUAACGGCGAACUCCUCAUUCCUGAUGGGCCUGGUGGCGAGGAGAAGGUGGCGGAGGCGUUAGGUAGAGAACAGAGAAGAUUUGUUGUCAGAUUCAAAAAACUCGGGCAGCGCACAGAACCUAGUCAGUACGUGACGUGUCAUGUGCAAGGCACUCUGAGGAAAUCGGACAAGGCCUGUCGGAACAGUAGCCGGUGUUGCCAAAUGGUGAGGCGAGUCAGGGCAAGGGGUGAUAACCCCUGCUCUAGCGGAAAUGAUGUGGUGUUUAUUGGUCUGGUGCGGCCGACCAGCGAGACGUUUGCGAACGAGAGCAGGCUGGAAUCCUUCCGGAUGGAGUAUCGCACCCGCCACUCCAUAGACGGCGGGAUAAUCGAGUGCGAGUCACGCAUCGCUCUCGUGACCGGCUACAUGACCCACGAGGUGAACGGUUUGAACGCGAUGAACUUUAUGCACCGAGACGACGUCCGCUGGGUCAUAAUCGCGCUCCGAGAGAUGUACGAUCAACACCGGCUGGUCGGGGAGUCCUGCUACCGUCUGAUGACAAAGAGCGGGAAUUUCAUAUACAUGCAGACCAGGGGUUUCCUCGACGUAGACAAGGAUUCGCGGGCAGUCACAAGUUUCGUGUGCACGAACACAGUCGUUGAAGAGAGCGUGGGCAAGCGUCUGAUCAAACUAAUGAAAAAAAAAUUCACGCUCCUCGUGAAUAACGGCGUGGACUCAAUUCUAGACGAAGACGAAGAAUCCAGAGAGCUCUCCGACGGCGUAUCUCCUAUACCCGUCGAAGAUCCAAGGCAGUUGCAAAAAGUCAUUUUACACUUAGUCACAGAUUUGCCUUCGCCACAGCCGCCUGAUUCUGAAGUCACAACAUCUCCUUCUAUAGAAGACUCAUUUCCGCAACGCCUUGCUAUUAUUCCUCCACGGAAGGAGAGAAUUGUUAGCGCGAUUAAGAAAAUAUACGGCGUUAUAAAAACAUUCAAUAAAGACCCGAUUACAAGAAUGGAGAAGAACAAGGACGUCUCAAAUGAUGCCCAAGAACAGAAUGAAGAGAAUUUACAACCUCCUGUAGAGCCAGCGAGUCCGUUAUUGCAAGAUCUGGUUCAACCUCAACAAAAUCCACCUUCUGCCGAUACACAUUCAAUUCCAAGGUCGAUAACGAUAGGAAAUACAGUAUCGUAUCCAGCAACCAAAAUAUAUACAAAUAGUAGUGAUCAGGACUCAUCCAUAGUCAAUACACCACCAGUGGUUAUAACUGAACCACGCGAUGAACUUGAAAUGUUUUCUCCUAUGCCAAGGCGUUCAUCAGAUGAUCCCGAAACGCCAUCGAGAAGCUUAAAUGAAUCAAAUCAAUCGGCUCCCACAGACAGGCGUUAUAUACGACCAUCAUGUUCGAGAACGAUGUCUCAGACGCCAAGGGAGAUUUACCCCGGCUCAAAUACUAGUAGUGACGAACACUACGUUAACGCUGACGAAUACCCUCAAUUUGCACCACUUAUGCCAAGAUUCAUAUCUGAUGAACAAAACAAUAAUUUUCCGUCUCCUGAUCCGUUGCCUUCAAUUAAUCAGUUGCGUUAUACUGGUGUGAGUUCCGUGGGUAUCGAUUCAUCAAUUUAUGAAUAUCCGUAUUUGCCGUACCAAAGACGUCAGUUUGAAGUUUCAAAUGUUGCUGGAUACGGUGCAAGCCGACCCAACUAUCCCCAACCCGAAUGCACUGUAGUUUCCGGAGAACUCAAUUCAGGUUGUGGCACUAAGCGCCGCAAUGAAUCACUAAUUUAUGACGAGAGUGCAAACAAAAAAAUGGCACAAAGCAUUUCCGAAUUAUUAUCUAAUGAAGAACAACCCCUAUCUACUGCGGGAGAGGCUGUGCCUCUGUCCACUGCUAUAGAAGCUGUGCCCCUUGGCUCUGCUGAAGAGGCUACACCCCUGGUCACUGUAAGCGCGGUAUUGGCAAUGUCUUCUGCCGAUGAAGCAGUACCUCUGAUCAGUGCGGAAGAGCAUGUGAACAGCGGUUUACUCAGUCAAGGCAAUGAAGGUGAAUCAUCAGAAACUGUUAAGAAUGGACAAAUACCAGAUGAAACUAAGGAUCCAGGAAAGUUUGAAACAGAGGAUUCAAGUUUUUAUGACAGCUAUCUCGAAAACGACAGGUCCUUGGACGUAUCAUUGGAUGAAAUUGCAGAAUCUGAAUUUCCAGAUGAGCGAGUCUUAGAAGUGAUAGAAGAGCUAGACAAGAAAGACAAGAAGAACCUGAAG